GAGAGCUGCGAGGGGUUGAGGUCGCGCAGGCGUCCUUAACGGUAUAUAUCGACGCUGUGCCUGAAACGCCCGGGCCCGCGGUUGCUAGAGUCAGCAGAGACCCUCAGUAGUAAAGUCUGACUCGGUCAGCCGUCUCCUUCACGGUGAUAGUUAUUUAUUCGUAAUCACAAACUCUUUAUUAUUAUUUUUCUUUCCCCCGUUAAUUAUUUUAAUAUGUUUAAAUAUUAAGUUUUAACUCUUCGUUUAUUGUUUUAAGUGAGGUUUAAUUUUUUUUUUAAUUUUUAAGUAAUAAUAAUAAUAAUAAUAAUAAUAAUAAUAAUAGUAAAAGUAAUAAUAAUAAUAAUAUGUGCUGUGCUCGAGUCGUGAUGGUCAACUAGUACUGAUAAUAAAUAAAUAUACAAGACGUUUUUAACUCAGCAUGAAAACUAAAAGCGAUACAAGGCGUGUCCCUGGUGAAUUAAAUAUUUUCAAGUAGAUGCUAGUUUUGUCGUUUUACUCGACUAAAAGUUAAUAAUUCAUCCGGAAGUAUACUUCCUCUUUAAAGACACAAGACAAUUUAUUAUAAUUGGAGGACCCAAAGGGAAAAAAUUGAGUAUACACAGGAUUAAGUGGCGGUCAUAAAGACCAAAGAGGGAAAGGGUGACGAGGUGAGUAAGUAAAGGUGAGGGGAUGCAGCGCGAAGGGGUGGCGGCAUGGACGAGCCCUCGGUGGAGGCUCUUAUGCAGGCGAGCCUCAUCUUCGUCGUCGGCGUCGCCAUCAUUCUUUCGAAUCUUCUCAUUAUCGCCACUUACCUCAACUUUCGUGGUCCCUCCGAGGUGAUAAAUUACUACUUACUGUCAUUGGCAACAGCAGACUUAUUCUGCGGUCUGCUUGUUGUUCCACUCUCCAUAUAUCCAGCUCUUGUAAGAAGAUGGGUAUACGGAGACGUUGUUUGUCGACUUGUCGGUUAUCUUGAAAUUACUCUUCUGGCAGUGUCUGUUUAUACUUUUAUGUGGAUGUCUGUUGACCGUUAUUUGGCUAUUAGGAAACCUCUGCGUUACGAGACUGUGCAAACAAAAACACGAUGCCAGUGCUGGAUGGCCUUUACGUGGAUAAGCGUGGCAAUGAUGUGCUGUCCACCGCUGCUGGGCUUCAACAAACCGAUCUUUGACCGCGAAGCCUUCAUCUGUAUGCUUGAUUGGGGUAACAUGGCAGCCUACACAAUAACCCUUUCGAUUCUCGUGCUCGGACCCUCAGUUAUAACCAUCGUUUACACCUAUACCUACAUAUUCUCCAUGAUGAGAAAAUUAAGAUCCGGCGUUCCAAUCCACGACAAGGAAUAUGCUACGGCCUUGUCUGAAAAUCUGAGCAACCCAAGUCACAUAAUGUCUUUUGUACUGGUUAUGGCGUUCUGGCUAUCAUGGGCACCUUAUGCUGGCCUCAAGAUUUAUUCUACUGUUAAUGGACCUCCACAGGUACCAUUCCUUCAAUUUGCUGUUGUAUGGUUUGGUAUAUUGAAUUCAUUUUGGAAAGCUAUUAUUCUUGGAACACUGAGUCCACAGUUUCGUUUAGCUGCUCGUGUAUUAUGUCUUACACUUUGCUGUCGACACAGAAGAUUACCACCAGAGCUACUAGGCCUUGACGAUGAUGAUUAAAAACAAACAAAUAAAAUAUAAAAUCUAUAUAUUUAUGACAAUGUACUACUUUCUCGCGCGCGCAAUUCUAGAUAACAAAAAAAAAAAAAAAAAAAAAAAAAAACAAAAAAGAAAAAAAAACAAAAGUAACAAACUAACUAAUUAAAUAAAUAAAUCAUAACUGAUUUUAUUAUUUACACAUAUACUCGAUAUGAUACUUAAAUAAUUUAUCACUUACUCAUAUUAACUUAUUAUUAGAAAUAACGAAACAAUUCAACUUUGCUUAUUUAUCACUGAAUGAA